AUCUUCCUCGGAUGCCAAGGAUGAGGUUGUAGUGCGAUAAACUCCACUUGAGUGUGCAGCUGAGCCUUUUGCCUCUGAUUCAAGCUCGUCUACGUGCACAAAAGACAGCACGAGUUUAAUGAACGGACAGUGCUGGAGUUGCAGAGAGCCAGAAGGAGUUGCUGCCUGCUAACUACCGUAAACACGUCCGACCAAAGCCAAAAGAUGGCGAGGCAGUUAAAGUUGGUGUCAGCUGGCACAUCAGCCGCGUGCACGCAGUCAAUAUCAACGCCAUGACCAUGAAGCUCUCCCUCCGCCCGACCCUCACGUGGCAUGACCCGAGGAUCAACUUCACCGACGACCUGAAGGCGGACGACCCGAACGAGCUGGUGCCCCUCAGUCUGGAUUUCCUCCUGCACACCUGGAAGCCUGACCUCUUCUUCUUGGACACGCAGGACGUCAGGAAGUUUAGGAUGAUCGACGAGGUAGCCGGACUCUGGGUCAUGAGCAAUCGCACGUUCUAUCUGUCGUUUCAAGUGUUGUUGGUAAUCGAUUGUCCGAUGAAGUUUCAUUCGUAUCCCUUUGACGUCCAGAUAUGCGCCGUGACGAUGACAUCUUUCGAAUACGACGCAGAGGAACUGGAGAUUUUCUGGCUGCCCCAAAAAGUCACCUACUCGCGCCAUCUAUCGGACCAGCUGCCAGACUACGAGCUCAAAGUGUUGCCAGAAAGCUUGACUGAAUAUCACUGGUGCCAAGACUGCAUCGUCGAGCCUUCGUCAGCGGCGAAGAACAGCAUCAGAUUAUCUCGCAGAUAUCAUGGGCAUCUCUUCACCUUGUUCUUACCCUCUGUCUUAAUCGUGGCUGUGUCUUGGGCUUCGUUCUUCUGGCCAUCUAAAGUCAUACCCGCUCGAACAGGCUUGGCUGUCACGUCUCUUUUGACUACUGUGUCUAUGUAUGCCUCUGCCAGGUCAUCCAGUCCCAACACAGAUUACGUAAAGGCGAUUGAUGUUUGGUUCUUUGCUUGUAUAUUCAUCAAUGUCCUCGUUCUGUUCCAGUUCGGGACCGUGAUUACGUUGAAGCUAUACCAAGAGGCGGCAGAGAGUAAUUCUGUCACUCCAAUAUCUUCAAGUAAGCCUGGCUCGGCCGCCCCUUCGCUCCCCUCAGAAUCCCCGGCGGAGAAAUACGCGCGGUGGGAGUGUCAGGUUGAGCUUGUUUCGAAGGUCGGUCUGCCUCUUGCCUUCCUUGUCUUCAACCUCGUCUUCUGGAUCUGCUAUUUGCCGUGAUGCGUCUUCGUGCUUGGUCUGCGUUGUGUGCGGGCUUUAUUUUACUUAUU